AUGGGUGCGCACAGGCUAAAUGUUAUCCCCGAGGCGAAGGCAGUGAGGGCCGUUGGCGUUGCAAAGGACGAGUUUUUGCUUGCAUCUGUGCGGAACCCGUGCGAGUCUUAUCUCAGCUUGUGGGCCUUUCAGUCUGAAGCCCAGAGAAGAGCAGGGGUCAUGGCGGACCUGCGCCGGCGCGACCCCGAGGCACACAAGCGACUGGUCGGCCGCGAUUCGCAGAACGGCUUCACCGGCCCAGAGGAUGUGCAGCGAUUUCGCGCCUGGAUCAAGUUCAUGGGCCACCAGCAUGUCAAGCUGGGACUGCUCAGUGGGCGCUUCUACGGCAAGUACCUAUCCCAAGAUCCUGACAUGGACAUCCGCGACAAUGCUUUUCUGGUGCGAGGCAUGACAGAAGAAACGGCUGCUCAAACCGUACAGGCGAUCCGCAGCGCGAGCAUUUCUGAGCUGGCUGACUGCUGGAUGCACACGGAAUCUUUGGAUGCCGAUAUCGCAGGGUGCCUCAAAGACUUCGAAAGCUUGGGUGGCCAGGUGGAAUGGUCAAAAGUGCAGUCCGUUAUCCAAUCGGGUACAUCGAGCGGCGGGCAUGGCGGGUCCAAGCAUGGUGGCUGCGAGACCUUUUUCGACGAAGCGACCGCGAGGCUGGUCGUCGAGCUCGACGGAGCCCUUUUCGAGAAGUUCGGUUACGACUCCUGCUGCGGGCAUUCGGUCUCAUCACCACCGCUGCCCGAACAGCCCACGCUCCCGCCAUCCACGUCUAUGACAGGCGCCUGGCAGGAAGCAGAUCCUUCAGGA